AUGCAGGAGGCGAAGCUGGAGCCAAACGUCAUCGGCUACAGCGCUGGGAUCAGCGCGUGCGAGAAGGGCGAACAGUGGCAGCGGGCUUUGGCGUUGCUCGAAGAGAUGUUGGAGGUGAAGCUGGAGCCCAACGUCAUCAGCUUCAACGCUGGGAUCAGCGCAUGUGGAAAGGGCAGGCAGUGGCAGCAGGUUCUGUCGCUGCUCAACGAGAUGUGGAAUGCGACUAUGGUGCCCAACGCCAUCACUCUGAACGCUGGGAUCAGCGCGUAUGAAAAGGGCGAGCAGUGGCAGCGAGCGCUGGCGCUGUUCAGCGUGAUGCGGGAGGCGAAGCUGGAGCCCAGCGUCUCAGCUACAGCGCUGGGACCAGCGCGUGCGCGAAGGGCGAGCAGUGGCAGCGGGCUUUGA